AUAGAAAUGAUCAUGAUCAUGAUGUGAUGUGAGGGUGGAUUUUGAUGAGGUUGAGGAAGAUGGUAAUUAUGAAGAGAUGGAUUUCUUUAAUGUGGAAUAUGUGAUUGAUCCAAUAGAGGAAGAUGAAGGUUGGUGUUUAGUGCCACAAACGUGAUUGUACCUCUUUUCUUCUGCUUUGUAUUUUGAUGUACUUGUUGCGGACCUGUGAGUCCGUGACUAAGGAACAUUGGGGGCCGGGGGUGCUUCAUUAUCAGUGAGAGUUCUUUUGAUCGCAAUGAGGAAGGAAAGUAAGCUAUUUGAUUAGUUUAAUGUCCGAACCCUUAUACAUAGAGAUACUCUCUUAAUCUUCUUGACUUUGGUUUGGAAUUUUAACUCUACUCUGUUUGUCCUCAAUAAAUUACAACCGAUUUUCUACAAAAAAUAUUUGACAAUAUUCUCAUUAGAAUUUGGCCUCCAAUCUAAUUCAGUUUAAGCAAAUCAAACUCAAAUGAAUAGAAAAGAAUCUCAAUGAUAUGUGCAUUUCAUUUCCGAACAGCACCUUAAGCUGAGUCAUUUUGCAAAACCAAUGAGCCACUGCCACGUCAAGAGACGGGUUGGGAAAACUAGUCCGCACUCUGUUUCCAAGUUUUCCGACUAGUUUUCCCACCAGUCAGUCACUCUGAAACCGAAUGGAGGUGAGACAAAAUCCCUGAAACUCUACAGUUCUUCCGGUUGCUCUCUGCCUGAUAGACCACAAUAUCCGAAAUAUCUGGUUCGUUGAAAUCCCAGCGGAGCAUCCAAGAGCUUUGCACCCUCAAAGCAGCAUAAUUUUUCCCCGUUUCCCUUCCUCUUCUUCCCCUUUUCACUCUCUAAGGUGGAUGGGUUGUAGUGAGCCUGAUAUAUCAAGUCAUCCACAAGAAGAGAGUGACUACAAUGAACUUCCAACGUCAUUUAGAUUGGAUAUUGAUGUGCAACGUGAUUGUCGAAGCUCAAAAGAUUCCUCUGCCGAAAGGAGUCAGGCGUUUAUCGACCAUGAACAUGACUCUCCGAGAGAGUGUCAAAGUCCAAAAGGUUCCUCUUUUGAGAAGAGUCUGGUGGUUAUUGAUACUGAGCAGGAGUAUCAGAGUCCAAUUUCUUCUUCUAUUGACAAGAACCAGGUGGAAAUUGACUGCGAGGAGUGUGAAACCCCAAAAUUUUACUCUGUGAGUAAGUUUGAGAUGGAUGUAGAUGGUGAGCAGGAGUUGCAGAGCCCAAAUGUUCCCUGUGCUGAUGUACCAGGAGCUGGUAUGGCCAUGAAAGGUGAGGAAUACAUUUAUGUGGUACCGCAAAUUGGGGUGGAGUUUGAGUCAGAAGACCAUGCAUACAAUUGUUACAGUAGAUAUGCUGUGCUGGAAGGUUUCAGCAUUAGAAAAGAUUUCGUAAAUAAAAGUAGGAUAAAUGGUAUAGUUGUUUCAAGAAGGUACACUUGUUAUAGACAAGGAUAUCGGCCUAUCCAACAUAAUGCCAACGUGAGGAAAUCCCGGCAGGAAACAAGAACUGGUUGCUUGGCACACAUGACCAUUGCACGUCAACCCAAUGGCAAGUUUUGUGUUACUCAUUUUGAACCUAAGCACAAUCAUGAGUUUGUUGCCCCUUGUACAACUUAUCUGUUACCAUCACAGAAGAGAUUGAAUUUUGCUCAAGCAAUUGAAGCCGACUUGGGUGAUAAAUCUGGAAUAGAUGGGGUGCCAAAACUUGGAAUGGGGUUCGACUCAGAAGAUCACGCAUAUGAGUUUUACAACACGUAUGCUGGACGGGUAGGUUUUAGUGUUCGGAAGGAUUAUGUAAAUAGGAGCAAAAUAAAUGGUUCUGUGGUCUCUAGAAGGUUUACCUGUUUUAGAGAAGGUUUUCGGCAGAGAGACAAACGGGACAUGAAUGUGAAGAGACCUAGAAAGGAGACAAGAAUUGGCUGUUUGGCGCAGUUGGUCAUAUCUCGACAACCUGAUGAUAGAUACCGUGUCACUCACUUUGAAGAAAAGCACAAUCAUGAGCUUGUUGCUGCUUGUAGAGUUCACAUGUUGCGGUCGCAAAAGAGAUUAAUUGCAGCUCAAGUUUUUGAAGGCGAUUUAGUGGAUUGUUCUAAUAUGCAGCCAGAAGCAGCCUCUGAGUUAAUACGUAAGACAGGUAGAGACUGUGAUAAUCACGGUUAUGAUCCCAUAGAUUAUAAAAAUAAACUUCCUUUCAAAUGUAUGCGAGGAAUGAGAGAGGGAGAAUCAGCCAGACUGCAGCAAUUUUUUCAGAGCAAGCAAUUGAAAAACCCUUCCUUUUUUUAUGCUUUGCAACCUGAUGUAGAUGAUCAAGUAACUAAUGUUUUCUGGGUUGACACCAAGAUGGCGAUGGACUAUGGUGAUUUUGGUGAUGUGAUCUGCUUUGAUACAACUUACAGAUUACAGAAAGAUAGCCGACCAUUCACACCUUUCAUUGGGAUAAAUCAUCAUAAGCAAAUGCUGAUCUUUGGUGCUGCACUUUUAUAUGAUGAAAGUGUUGAAUCUUACAAGUGGCUCUUCCAAACUUUCCUAGAGGCCAUGUCGGGAAAGAAGCCAAAAACUAUACUCACAGAUCAAGAUGCACUGAUGGCUGAAGCAAUUGAUAAGGUAUUUCCCGAAACAAUGCAUCGAAUUUGUGUUUGGCAUGUGUACCAAAAUGCACUAAAACAACUGAGCUACAUGUAUGCGGGCUCUGGAUCUUUUAUCAAUGAUUUAAGCAGUUGUCUUUUUUAUCAUGAGGAUGAGGAGGAUUUCAUUAAUGCAUGGAAGGUAUUGUUGGAUGUAUACGGUCUUUGGGAAAAUGAGUGGUUGCAUGAGAUGUUUGAAUAUAGAGAGAAAUGGUCCACAGCUUAUGGAAGGCAUAUUUUUUGUGCUGACAUAAAAGCUGUACUGCUACAUGAAAGUUUUACUGAAAACCUAAAAAAGUAUUUAAAGUCAGACUCGGAUGUGCUUCUGCUGUGCAAGCAUCUUGGAAAGGUCAUAAAUGAUUGGCACUACAAAGAACUAGAGGGUAACUACAACAUGCACCACCAUCUGCCAGAACUUAUGGGUGAUGUGAUUCUUUUGAAGCAUGCGAGGAAUAUGUACACACCAAUGAUAUUUGAAUUGUUCCAGCAAGAGUAUGAAACAUGCCUAAAUAUCAUUGUGAAUCAAUGCACUCAGACUGGGCCGUUGUUUGGGUACAAAGUUAGCAUAUAUGGGCAACCACGAGAGUACUUGGUUACUUUUGAUUCAUCUACAGAAACAGUUGCCUGUAAUUGUAUGAAAUUUGAGUUUAUGGGAGUUUUGUGCAGCCAUGCCUUGAAAGUACUCGACUAUAGGAAUAUAAAGAUUCUCCCUUCCAAAUACAUUCUGAAGAGGUGGAGUAAAGAUGCUAGGGUCUGAAAUUAUGGACGGAAGUCGUUUGGGGCACUGCAUAAGAAGACAUCUCCAUUGCUGCUUCUAUAGAAGAAAAUCACUUUCAAUAUGCCUCAAAUUAUCAUUAGGCAGAUAUUGACUGAAAAAGAAGAUGCACAGUGCUUAAGAUCCGUUAUGAACCAUCUUGAAAGACCAUCGUGUAACUUUUUUAUGGCAGCUGACCACAGUAUAUUGUACCAUCAUCCUGAGGCUAGGUUGGUUUCUCGUCAUAGAUUUCUAUAUGUCCUGAAAUGAAGACCCAUCAUUUGUUACAUAUUAUCUCGGCUAUAAUUUGAAUCCUU